AUGAGCUCUUCCUCCUCUUCCUCACUAUCCAGCACAAGGAGUCGAACUGUUGGCAUCCCAACUACCUGUUGGUGUGGAUCGAAGCUGACUACAUUCGGGGCUCAGACGAAGGAGAAUCUCUUCCGAAGGUUUUACCGUUGCAAAUUAGGCGUACAGGCCAUUGUUGACGAGGUUAACAUGGUAGAUGCUAAACAUAAUCAGCUAAAGGAAGAUGUGGACUCAUUCAAGAUCUACACUACACAACGUCUCGAAAAACAGGCAAUACAAUUCGACAAAGCCCUCAUUCAGCUCAAUAGUCUGAUUGCUGACAAAGCUACUAGCUCAGGGACAAACGACAACUCAACUAUUGCCACAAAAGAUACUCUACAGCCACCCAAUCAGCCCUCCGAUGCAAAUAACUCUCGGGCACAACUUAUCAACAUUGCUGUUGCAGCCAUUGUAGUAGGAACAAUGACAUGGAUUUACGCCAAGAUCACUAACUAG